AUGUCCGCUGACUACAGCUACGAUGAGUUCAUUGCGCAGCUUGAACGCAAGCACCAGCAGGAAGCGCCAGGACACAACAGCUAUUUCGAAGUCUUCACUGAAGCCUCCCGACUAAUAGGGCAGCUGAAGAAGGGCCUCAAUGUCUCUAUUCACCGCGAGCGACAGAGCGAGGUGCGCGUGGCGGCUCAGAGCUGGCAGGACUCGAGUUACAACGAGCGGGCAGAUAAUGCAGGAGUGGAUAUUCUAGACUGGCAGCCUCGGUUCGCGCACUUGAGCCACGCGGAUGGUGGCGGUGGCAGUAGCGGCAGCGGCACCGCUGGUGCAGCUACUGCCGCCAGUAGCAAACGGCCCUCCAAGAGCGCGAUUGCGGGGUCCCCCACACACCAGCAAACCGGCGGCGGCGGCGGCGGCAGCGGCAGCCUCCACCAGCGCCGCAGCAACACUUCACCUCCCGUCCGCCGCCCCGGCGGCCACGCCGCUACCACCGCCGCCGCCACGACCGCCAGCGGCGAGCUGCCGUCGCCAGCCGGCCCAGCGGCUGCAGCACAGCUGACGGCGGCGGACAGAGCAGCAAAUGAUCCCAUGGUGCCGCCGCUCAGGUCCCCGCAACGGUACAGCGCCGGUGUGGGUACGGCAGCGGAUGCCACGACGGCGCCGCGCUAUGGCCGUCAUGUUUCCGCGGGCCGCGCUUCCCCGGGCCCGCGACGUGCCACCGACAGCGCCGCACUGGAGGCGCGGGGCCCCGGGCCGGCACCCCCCGGCGUCAAGGACGUCAGGGCCCCCGGGGCGGGGCCGUCCCCCCGGAGAGGCGAGGGGGGGCGGAGGCAGCGCCCGCAGCUGCAAGUGCAGCUGCAAGUGCCGGAGCGGGAGGAGGGCCAGCUGCAGCUGCAGCAGCAGCAGCAGCGGGAGGACGCGGAGGAGGAUCCGGAGGAUUUGGUUGGUACUGGGGGCCGAGGAGAGGAGGGUAACGAGGAGGAUAAGCUGUUGGGGACACGGCAGAGGUCCUUACCGGACAUUGCCGUACAGCCCCAGCUGCCGCGACUGCCCCCCCUGGACGAGUCCCCCGGGCCCCCCGUGUUGCUCAGCCCCACUGCAUUACUCGAGGGCGCGUCAAGGGCAGAUGAGGCCAUCCGUGUGUUUGCCCGCACCGCCUACGAACCCGGGGAGCGCCGCCACACGUUGAUGCUUUCCCUUGGGGGAUGGGGGGCGGGUUUGGGCGGUACGGCGGGCGAGGGGGGGGACUCCCGGGGGCUUCUGGAGCCGCUGCCCCUGGCGCCCGUACCUCGGGCUGUGCCCCGGAGGGUGACCGAGGCGCUCUCGUCCUUGGCGCUACCCCUGGGGCUCAGGGGGUCUGUGGGGCUGAGUACGGAGGGACUGCGAGUACGACCCUCCGGGGGAAGCUUCACGGCGGCGGGCGGGAUCACCGGCGGCGGCGGCGACGCGCCAAUCUCGCCGCUGCCGCUGCCCCUCCGGUCGCCGAGGCGCAUCAGCUUGGGAGCGGCAGCAGCGGGCGGCGGCACAACAGCAUAUGCUCGGCCUAGCGGCGGCAGCGGCAGCAGCCUCUCCGCAGGCGUCGGCGGUGGCGGUGGCGGCGGCGCCGGGGCUGGGACCGUCACUUCUCCUGGAUCACAGCUGCCCGCGGCUGGGAUCCGCACCGCGAGGGAGUCGUACGCGGGGGCGGGUUUAGGUGGUGGGGGAGGGGGAGGGGGAGCUGCAGGCAGGAUUUCUAUCGUCGGCGGAGGCAGCAUCAGCGGCGAGGCGGCCGCCGCGUCCGGGGCCCCCGGGGGCCUUAUCCGUGGCUAUGUGGGCGGCGGCGCCCUGGACCACCGAGUGCUAGAUGCCGUACCGCGGCUUGGACUGGACGCACCCAGACUCCGGUCGGGGUCUAUCGCCGUUACCGCCACCGCCACUACUGCCGCUACUGCUGAUACGAGCUCUGGUAGCUCGGGAGCGCUGAGACCUUCACGACCAGGUACAGCACAGCCAUGUGCCGCCGCCGCAGCAGCAGCUGGCGGAGGUGGGGCCGGGGCCGGGGGCGGGGGCGAUAGCGGACCUGCGGCCACCGGCGUCAGGUUCGCACGCAGCCGUCGUGCCAGCUGUACCGGCGUCCCGGCCGCCGGCGCUAGCGGAGGCAGCAUCAGCCUGGGCCCUAUGCUGGUGACCCGCGAGCAAGUGGACAGCUACGUAGUGGCGCAGAUGGGGCCGCAGACUCGUGCGGCGGCAGGGCAGCAGGGGCAGGGGCAGGGGAAUAAGCGAGCCUCCAUCGCCAGCGGCCGGCCGGGGCACAACGUGAUUGGUACACGGGGCUGUCUGACAGACGACCCGGAGCCUCGAGGGGUCCAGAGAGCCCUGCGGCGGGAAGUGGGUGGGAUAUCGGAUGCCUCGGGCGCGGGUGCUGGAAAGCCGUCAUGA